AUGGACGACUCGGAUUGUGCCAACCCCCAGUUCCUCGCCUGGGUCAAGGAGUGGCUGGACGUCGCCAGGGAACGCAACUCCAAAGGCAUCACCGCAUACAAAAAUGCCUAUGACUCCCUCAAAGCAUGCCCCAUUGCGUUUGAGCACCCAGCAUCCCUUCAGCAGCUCAGGGGGUUCGGCCCCAAGCUCUGCGAGCGCCUCGAGGACAAACUCAAGGUUCACUGCCAACAGAAUGGACUGCCGAUGCCCCAACAUCCUCGACUGCGAAGAGCUAACGACAGGACUUUGAACGAGCAAGCUGGAGAUAACACAGCCUCAAGGCCCAAGAAAGCGAGGCAGCCCAAGGCCUACGUCCCUUCAUUUCGUUCGGGAGCCUACGCCUUGAUAGUGGGCCUCUCGGAUCUCCCUGAGGAUGCAUCGUCUAGCUUGACCAAAGCAGAGCUCAUCGAGGCCGCCCAGCCGCAUUGUGACGCCUCGUUCACUGCACCUAGUGACCCCACAAAGUUUUAUACCGCCUGGAGCUCGAUGAAGACGCUGAUGCAAAAGGAACUCGUCUACGAGAGAGGACGACCUCUGCGCCGAUAUGCCCUGACGGACGAGGGAUGGGCCGUCGCAAAGCGGAUCAAGGAGACUUCUCUGUGGCAGGGGGAAAAUGGCGUCAAUGAGCCAUCUGAAACAAGACCAGGGCCGCAACCGUCAGCCGCAGUGGCAGUGGCGGAUGAAGUCGUGAUCCUGGAUGAAGACGACCCCCCACCCAUUAUCGACGAGCCUUCGUUCUAUCAUAAUGUUGUCUCGGACGGCCCUAUUGUGUUAGAGGGUGAUGAUCUGCCAAGCUUCACGCCGAUCAGGAUCCCUCCUGGGUCUUUCACCGUCCAGUUGGUCCUCGACGUCCGAGAGGUUAGAGCGAAAACAGACCGUGAUUACAUGCAGGAGGAGCUGGUCAAGCAGGGGGUCAAGCCGAUCAUGCGGAGCUUGGAGCUUGGCGAUGUCCAAUGGGUUGCCAAAUGCAACGAUCCUACGCUGUUGGCGAGACACGGCGCCGAAGGAGACGAAAUCGUGCUGGACUGGAUCGUGGAGAGAAAACGCCUGGAUGACUUGAUCGGGAGUAUCAAAGACGGCCGGUUCCACGAGCAAAAGUUUCGGCUCAACAGGUCUGGCGUGAGAAAGGUCAUCUAUCUCAUUGAGGAAAUCUCCAUGGACACCGCCGCUUAUCAGAGAUAUGAAGAAGCAGUGCAGUCAGCCAUUGCGUCGACACAAGUGGUUAAUGGCUACUUUGUAAAGCGAACACAAAAGAUUGACGACACCAUCAAGUAUCUGGCGAGGCUCACUGCGAUGCUCAAGCGCCGAUACGAAAGCAAACACCUAAAUGUCAUCCCGACCAGGGUCAUCACCGCACAGAAUUACCAGCGCCUGCUUCAGCACCUCCGCGAAAGAGAGCCGUCAGUUGGAUACCACGUUACUUAUCCUGCUUUUGCGUCACUGGCGUCCAAAUCAGAGACGAUGACGCUCAGGGACGUCUUUCUCAAGAUGCUCAUGACCACCAAAGGGCUCACGGGAGAGCGAGCGCUCGAGAUACAGCGCAAAUGGAACACACCUUACGAAUUUGUCAAGGCAUUCCACGCCUGUGGCACGGGCGAACAAGGCACGAAGCGGAAGAGGGAGCUUGUAGCCAGUGAAUUGAGCCACUUGGUUGGUCGAAGAAAGAUCACCAAGCAGCUGAGUCACAAAAUCGCCGAGGUCUGGGGCGACGCUUAG